AUGAAAUAUUUGAUUUCAGAAAUCAGACAUGUCAUCGACAUUGAGCAGUUUCUGGAAGACGCUCUGAAUGAGGAAUCGAAACAAACACUGACUCACUUGGACCUGAGUCCAGAGCCACAAGGAUAUGAGAGCAAGGGAUUCGAUGAACAUUUUGUGGAUGGAUGGGCAGGACAGGUCGGAGAUAUGCUGCCAUCUCUCACCAGUCUUGCUCUCCGCCAGCGGAUUCUUCCCGACUUUGAAUUCACCAACAUCUGUUUGUCAUUCCCGAACCUUUUGAAGCUGGAUUUGACGAACACCUGCCUGGAGACUCUGCAUGGAAUCAAAGAACUUGCGAAUCUUGAGACUCUCCGAGUUGGAUGUCUCAAAAUCAAAAAAGCCGGCGGAAUCCGCCAGUUAUUUGAUUUAAAAAAGCUUCGAAACCUGAGUUUUGAGAUCACAUCGUCAGGGUGUGAUUGUUGUCGACAAGGAAAUAUCCAUAGCUUAUUGAUGAAAUCGGAUCGCCGUCUUCGGAGUUUGGAAACCGUCGACUUCUCAAAUACAAACUUCGAAGAUGGUACUAUAAAUCGUUCAUAA